ACAGCAUUGCAUUUAUUACUCUCCGGUGAGAACAUUGGUCCGGAGGAAGCGCUACGCCUGCACCUGAUCGAUCACAUUAUUCCCGGCGAGCUAUUACCGGACGGAGGGGGACGCACCGUGGUGGCCAGUCCGCUUGAUGAGACUGUUAACUGGUUGAAUAGGAUGAUCGGAAAGCUCCCUAUUCCGAUUGUGCACGCGACCAAGUGUCUCAUUCAUCAGAUCUGCUCACAGUCAGCGUGUGAUGCGCUCCAGAUCGAACAGACUCAGUUGGCAUCUGUCUGGGGUAAACAAGCGCAUCUAUCUGCACUUGCGUCUCGCCGGCAGUCGACAAGUUGCCACGCUCGAGAUGGGGACGAACACUAG